CUAUCACCAAUCAUCCAUUUUGUAAUUACUUGCUUAGCAUCGGCGAAUGUGGUGAGUGGAGUCACAUUUUUCAAAAUGUAUUACAUGUUUUACAUUACAUUAAAUUUUUGAAUCGGUUAAUAAAUAGAAAAUUACACCUCGUGUGUAGCAUUUUUAAUACGCUCAUUUUCAUUCAUCGCAAUCGAAAAUGGGCGACAACGUGAAAUCGUUCCUACACCAAUAUUGCCAAAAGAACAAGUUAGAAACUCAGUUCGAGGUGAGACCUACAGGUCCGAAGUCUCGUCAGAGAUUCCUAUGCGAAUUGCGCAUAAAAGGCUACAAUUACGUGGGAGCCGGAAAUUCGACGAACAAAAAAGACGCCCAAAGCAAUGCAGCCAAAGAUUUCGUUUCGUACUUAGUCCGAGAGGGCCUCGUGAACAAAAACGAUGUACCGGCCGAUGUAGCUGUUGAUGCUCCAUUAAUUCACCAUGGGCAACAGGAGACGCCCGAUUUCAGUUCCGAGCACAAGGUAUUCAGCCAAGGCAUGGGCCCCUCUAAUUUCGGCGAGGCUUACCGCCCGCGUGGCCGCGAAGACAACCAGUGGCAUUACAUGGAUCGAGCUCAGGAGCAGAAACGGAUGGAAGAGGCAGAGGAUCUGGACGUUAACGCUCAAAUUCACGGAAAUUGGACUGUGGAAAACGCCAAGUCUAAAUUGCAUCAGUUUAUUCAGACGAAUAAGAUACACGCUGAUUACAAAUAUACUCAAAUAGGUCCGGAUCAUGCUAGAACAUUCGUGGCAGAAAUGAGCUUCUACGUUAAAUCCCUCGGAAGAGUAAUUCACGGACGUGAUACCGGUUCUAAUAAACAAACGGCCAGUAAGAGUUGCGCAUUGUCUAUCGUGAGGCAACUAUUCCAUUUAGGCGUUAUCGAACCCUUCUCAGGUACUUUAAAAAAGGAGAGGAAAGCCUCCGAGGAAAUGCCUCCGUUCAAAGUAAGAAUUUCACCCCAACUGAAGGCCUCCAUACAAAGUUGCUUGUACGAUUUGAACAUCACCCCGACGCCCGUUCGCGAUGUAUCCACAGACGAACAGGGCGAUUCGGUUCCGGUGUCUCUAUUGAGCCACCACGUCUUGGACGAUUUCCAUCCCGCCAAACCCACCGAAGCGGGAGUCGUGACGUGGUCGCCGCCCCAGCAAAAUUGGAACUGCUGGACCGGUUGUAACAUCGACGAAGGUUACUUGGCGUCGGCCUCGCUGGACGAAUUAAGCGAACACAUGCUGACCGACUGGAAGAAUCGAUUAGCUGUAGAUACUAGUCUGAUAUCGAGCAUUAAAGACAGAGAAACUCUGCCGGUGUACAACAUGAAAGGCGCCAUAAUGGAGGCCAUUAACGAGCACCCUGUUAUAAUAAUAAGAGGUAACACGGGUUGCGGUAAAACCACGCAAGUUUGCCAGUUCAUACUGGAGGAUUACGUGAUGUCCGGACAAGGGGCUUGGUGUAACAUAUGCGUGACCCAACCGAGGCGUAUAUCGGCCGUAUCGGUAUCGGAGAGAGUGGCGAUGGAGCGUUGCGAAGACCUGGGACAAUCCGUGGGCUAUUCGGUCCGUUUCGAAUCGGCCCUACCCAAACCGUACGGUUCCAUCAUGUUCUGUACCGUGGGUGUGUUGCUGAAGAAGCUGGAGAACGGCCUCAGGGGCGUCAGUCACGUGAUCGUCGACGAGAUACACGAGCGAGACGUGAACAGCGAUUUUAUCAUGGUCGUUUUGAGAGACAUGAUACACACGUAUCCCGAUUUGAGGGUGAUACUGAUGUCGGCGACGAUCGAUACGAGCCUGUUUUCGAGAUACUUCAAUAAUUGUCCCGUAAUUGAAAUACCGGGUCGCGCGUUUCCCGUCAAGAAUUAUUUCUUGGAAGAUGCCAUCGAAUUGACGAAAUUCGUACCUCCCAUCAAUUCGAGGAAAAGGAAGAGCAAAGGCGGUAACGAUGAUGAAGAGGAUGGAGUCGGUAUCGAAGAUCCAGACGAGAAUUUGAAUAAGAUCGAAAGCGGAAAUUACUCGGAAGCCACCAAGACGGUCAUAUCGAGACUGAACGAAAAAGAAGUAAGUUUCGAACUCCUCGAAGCUCUAUUAGAUUACAUCAAAGCUCAAAACAUACCCGGCGCUGUGUUGGUGUUCCUUCCCGGUUGGAAUUUGAUAUUCGCCAUGAUGAAGCACCUUCAAAAUCACCCAGUAUACGGCAGCUCUCAAUACUGCAUACUACCGUUGCAUUCGCAAAUACCGCGAGAAGACCAACGUCGGGUGUUCCAGCCCGUUCCCGAUCACGUUACCAAAGUCAUCCUAGCCACGAACAUCGCCGAAACCUCCAUUACGAUAAACGACGUCGUGUUCGUCAUCGACAGUUGCAAGGCCAAGAUGAAGAUGUUCACGUCGCACAACAACAUGACCAGCUACGCGACCGUGUGGGCGUCGAAGACGAACUUGGAGCAGCGAAAGGGCCGCGCCGGUCGCGUGAGGCCGGGCAUCUGUUUCCAUUUGUGUUCGAAGCUGCGAUACGAGAAGCUCGACGAGCACAUGACGCCCGAGAUGUUCCGGACGCCGUUGCACGAGCUGGCGCUCAGCAUAAAAUUGUUGCGAUUGGGUUCGAUCGGGCACUUUUUGAGCAAGGCGAUCGAACCGCCGCCGUUGGACGCCGUCAUCGAGGCGGAGGUGUUGCUGAGAGAAAUGAAAUGUUUGGACAGGAACGACGAGUUGACGCCGUUGGGUAGGAUCAUUGCGAAGUUGCCCAUCGAACCGAGGUUGGGUAAAAUGAUGGUGUUGGGUUGCGUGUUUAUGUGCGGCGGUCCUUUGGCCACGAUGGCCGCCAAUUCGUCGACUUUUCCCGAAAUAUUCGUGCUGGAUAUGGGCCACAGAAGGCUGAGUUACCAUCAAAGAGCUUUGGCUGGAGAUAGGCAUUCGGAUCACGUUGCCAUGUUGGCAGCAUUCGAACUUUGGGAUCAAGCCAGAGAGGGUGGCGAAGAUGCCGAAUUGAGAUUUUGCGAAUUCAAAGGCAUCAGUUUGCCUACGAUGAGGGUAACGUGGGAGGCCAAGCACCAACUCCAGCAAAUUUUAAACAACGUGGGAUUCCCCGAGGAAUCGCUAGCGCCGAUUCCCAUGGAAACGAUGGGGCCCGAUCCGAAAUUGGACGUGGUCAUGUCGCUGAUGUGUUACGGUUUGUACCCGAACGUUUGUUAUCACAAAGACAAGAGGAAGGUUUUGACGACCGAAAGCAAGGCGGCGCUCAUACAUAAAACGUCGGUGAAUUGCAGCAAUCAGGAUCAGGGUUUUCCUUAUCCGUUUUUCGUUUUCGGCGAGAAAAUUCGAACGAGAGCCGUCUCUUGUAAACAGAUGACGAUGGUAACGCCGUUGCAUCUUUUGCUGUUCGGUUCGCGCAAAGUCGAUUGGAUUGAUAACGUGGUUAGGUUGGAUAAUUGGAUCAAUUUGGACAUGGAUCCCGAGGUGGCAUCGAUGAUCGUCGCCCUGCGGCCCGCUUUGGAGAGUCUCGUAAUAAGAACGUCGCAGGAACCCGAGGGAAUCUUGGAAAUGGGCGAACUCGAUCUAAAAGUGGUAUCGACGAUAAAGGAAUUGUGUAAAUUACAUGCAGGGAGCUUUGAAAUUGAAAGGGCUAAACCGAGUUUGUUGGCUUCGAAAAGACCGCCUAGAGGACAUACUAUCGGAGGUUAUAGCGGGCCUCCGCCCAAGUUUAGAAGAGGAGGAGGAGGUUUUAGAGGAUACGGCGGAGGUGGAGGUGGUUACAACAAUCGUGGUAAUUUCAGUGGUAGAGGAGGCGGUUUCGGCGGCGGUUUCAGAGGCGGUUUUAGGGGAGGAUUUAGAGGUGGAAGAGGAGGAGAAUUUAGAGGCAUCAUUGCGGAUUGCUGUUGAAGUAAUUGGAAACGUUAGGAUAGCGAUCGGGAUGGAAGUCUUCGUUGUCCUUCAAAUUAUUUUGAACGGUAGAUCGAAGAAGGUUUCUGUAAGAAUUCUGGAUAUCCGAAGAUGCCCCAGCCGCUUGCGCUACAACUUCUAAAGGAGCGACGGAUGUCAAACCACUAGCUGUAACAGCUUGACGAACGCUCUCUGAAAAUAAACCACAAUAAGUUGCUUUUUUUUUAAUAAUUUUACGUAACUUACCAGAAAUAACUUGAGAAAGACUGCCGUGAGGCUUACUGCUAUUGAUGAUUUUCCUUCGUUUACUAGGCAUCCCGGAAAGGUAAGCAUCGCUAAAGGCGGCUUGGGGAUUCUGUCUCCUCUGUUUCUGCGCGUCCUUCGUUAUAAUAGGUACCCAAUCCUAAAAAUUAACCGCUUAUACAAUGCACUUACUACAAUGUAUUAUGAAUCGUAUACCUCUGGAACUUGUCCAUGCCACGAUUCGGAUCCUAUAACUACAUUUGGCAAUGGCUCACUGUCUGCAACGACUAAAUCAGUCCGUACGUCUUGUACAUCAACAUCCAUUAACUAAAACGAAUUUAUAUAAAAACUUGUUAUUCAAAUUUAUUAUAUUUUACCUCUACUUCAUUAUACACCUGCGCUACGGUUUGGGCAUCGGUCGGCAACGAUUGGGGCGGCUCCUGUGGCGGUUGGGCCGCUUUGUGAACAAUAAAAGGUUGCAGAGCACUUUCCGGUAUAUUCAGGCCCGAUAGAAUCUGUCGCAAUUGCAUGCGACUCGUUACUACUGUCCAAUUUAUUAUAUCUUGAGGAAUAUCCCUCAUAAUGUUAGUCUGAAAGAAGUAAAUAAAAUCAGACCAGAAUAAUUAACAUUAAUUAGACUUACCAUUAUACGUUCAAACACUUGCUCGACUCCUCUUUGACCCGAAGAACUGGCUAAUAACGUGAGUGCUAGGAGUUGUUUCGCAGUGGUUAUGCACUGAUCGACUAAUAUACUUGUAGUGUUUGAAUUUAAAUUUAAAGCCACCACGAUUAUGUUCGGCAAUCUUUGUCUGAAUAAUUGUUCAGAUGAUCUAACUAUGUCUAUGUUGUUGCGCACCGGCAAACUUGCCUAAUAAAAAAAUAAAUUAUUGUAUGUGUGGAUUUGUGGGUUAUUUUUACUUACGAAAUUUUCCAAAAACGAUUGCAAUUCUCUAAUAAGUUUCUCGACGGCUCUUUCGACGCCAGCCGGUGAUGUAUCUUCUUCGCAGAUUCUGGUCCUGAAGAAGUUUUGAAUAUCGUUGAUAUUCCUAUUUAUCGGUUCAGCGUUACCGCUAUACAACGAAAAUAUGUCGCUAAAAACAGACGAAAAACAUGUAAAAAUAUAAAAUAGAUUAUUCGAACACCACCUACAUAAUCGUGAGGUUUCUAACAAUUAGCAUAAUUAAAUCGAUAAUAAUGCUUUCGCCCGGUACAUAUUGAUCGUCCUGCUGGAAUUGCUGCAAUAGUUGCUCGAGUGUCGGCCCUUGUCCCAGCAGGUCCGGCAAAUUCUAGGAUAUAUAAACAUAAACGUUCAGAAAAAAAAUCUACUUUCACCGACAAAAUACUCACCAAACUUCCCUGCAAACCGCUGAACAGCGAUCCGAUAGAACCCAUAUUCAAACCGCCCAAACCACCGUCACCGUUAGACGUGCUAUUCGAAGCGUUCGGCGCCGAAGUCGGCCAAGACACGUUCUCGCCACCUCUCCUCUGAUCCGACAACACUUCGUUGAUGCGAUUUAUGAAAUUCAAAAUGUUCGGAUUCUCCCUCGAGUUCCUCUGAUCGCCCGAAGCGGAUGAUUCCUCUCUCGCCUGUUGACCACCGGCCGAUUGACCCGGCGCAUUCGCUGCACUCGAACUAGCAGCCUGUUGUUGUUGUUGUUGCUGCUGCUGCGUUCUAUUACGCCUCGAAAUGUGAUGGGAAUUACAAGGCAGGAACGGAUCGAAACCGCCUAAAAUCAUACACAAAAUCAAUCGUAUAAUAAAUCGUGCACUUUUUACUAUUAUAUACCUUGCAUAGCUUGCUGAGCCAAGUGAACGUGAGGUCGAGGAGUCGACCUGGUGUAAGUAGAAGUAGUAGGAUGGGUUUGAGUGUUACCCCUGGCUUGGGAAUUCUGCCCGCUGGGCGUUUGUUGGGCUUGCCCGGCGGCCGUGCUGCCCUGCUGGGUCGUCUGAGCCUGCGUAGUGGUAUCGCCGGCGGGAUUGCCGGUCGUUUGGACGUUCCUGUUUAUUAUUUGGCCGGCCAUCUGCAUGAGAGACUGCAGGAAUUCGGGCGUCGGGCCGUUCAGGGCGCCUCUCAGCACUGAAACAAUCGUUUCGAUCUAUCAGCAUCGGAGUACCGACGAAACCGGCAGAUCAUGCGACGAGGCAUAAACGUACCGAAACGCGACAAACACAACACUUACAAUCGUUCGCUUGAUUCGAGGAACCGACAAGCGUAGUCUCCAAAGAAUCAAUUGUAAUACCUUCAGGGGUGACUUCCAUGAAGAUGUCGACGUUGGGAUUGAAAUUGAAGCCGCCUUGGGGCUGGUUGUCUUGCGCGUUGGCGUUCGAAUUGUUGUUAUUGGUAGCGUUGGGUGUAUUCUCAGCAUUGGGAGCGGGAGCGUUGGAGGCUUCGUUUGGAGCGGCGGUUUGGGUUCUGAGCUGAGUCAUCGGUCUGACGCUUCUAAUUUCGACGGGGAACGAUUGAACUCUCAUAGCCGUGCUCGGCAGGAACGGUAGACUGACGAAUCCCGGUUGCACGGUUAUUCCCUGUCGACUAGGAGUAGUCGAUGGAUUAUUAGCCGACGCUGUAGUAGUGGUAGUGGUUGUGGAUUCCGCGGAACCGGAAUUAGCGGUGGUUGUGGUCGCGUUGGUCGUAGGAGGAUUUAAGCGAUCGGCCGAUAUACCUAUUUGAGC